AUAUGGUAUUACCAUUCAUCUCAGGGCCAUAUAUGUUCAACUGAUGCAAGCACUAUAUAUCAUCAGAUGCCAUGCGUGUGUAAGUGUAAGCUACUUCAGUUGCAGGCAGGCGGGUCUUUCUAUCUAGUCGUCUUAAUAAUUAAACCACCAGCUAGCUAGCUCCGAUGACUAGCUGCUUCAACGGCGGCACCGGCUGGCCGGAGCCCGUGGUGCGCGUGCAGGCCGUGUCGGACACCUGCGGCGACACGAUCCCGGAGCGUUACGUCAAGCCGCUGUCGGAGCGGCCGUCGCUCUCGCCAGCCGCCGCCGACGGCGCCGGGGGCGGCCCGAACAUCCCGGUCGUGGACCUGUCAAUGCCGGACGCGGACGCGACGUCCCAAGCCGUGGCGGCGGCGUGCCGGGAGUGGGGCUUCUUUCAGGCGGUGAACCACGGCGUGCGCCCGGAGCUGCUGCGCCGCGCGCGCGCGGCGUGGCGCGGCUUCUUCCGGCAGCCCGCGGAGGUGCGCGAGCGCUACGCGAACUCGCCGGCGACGUACGAGGGCUACGGCAGCCGCCUCGGCACCGCCAAGGGCGGCCCCCUCGACUGGGGCGACUACUACUUCCUCCACCUCCUGCCGCCGUCCCUCAAGAGCCACGACAAGUGGCCGUCCCUGCCUGCCUCGCUGCGGGAGACGACGGAGGAGUACGGCGAGGAGGUGGUGCAGCUGUGCCGGCGGGUGAUGCGGCUGCUGUCGACGGGGCUGGGGCUGGAGGCAGGGAGGCUGCAGGCGGCGUUCGGCGGGGAGGGCUGCGAGGGGGCGUGCAUGCGCGUCAACUUCUACCCGCGGUGCCCGCAGCCGGAGCUCACGCUCGGCGUGGCGGCGCACUCCGACCCCGGCGGGAUGACCAUGCUGCUGGUCGACGACCACGUCAGGGGCCUGCAGGUGAGGAGCCCCGACGCCGCCGCCGGCGAGUGGAUCACCGUCGACCCCGUCCCCGAUGCCUUCAUCGUCAACAUGGGCGACCAGAUCCAGAAAUCCGUCGGGGUCAACUGACCCCGACGCAACCACACAGCUCCGCCCCUGCCUGGACCAUAGCAUCCACUAGAUAGAACAAGAUACCAAACAAAGGAUCGCCGAAUCUGGUUGAUCGUGUCAGGACUCAGGACGGACCUCUCGACAAAAGGACGAAUAAUUCGGAAUCUCAUAGAGAUAAGGGUAGGUUUUCUAUUGCAUGGAACCUCUCAUACAUUACACUACAAUAUCCCAGUGCAAAUAUUCAAAAAAAUGUUGGACCAGGAUAAUUUCGUUCAAAAAAAAAAUCUGAUAGCCGAUAGAAGCUAAGCUAAGACCUGCCCGUAUCUAGCUAUAAGUUAGUAUCCAUGCCCUUACAAAAUUUUAAAAGUAUCGUCCAUGUAUCAUUGUUGUCCUCCAAGCCGAUUCUCUUAAGAAUAUAGUAGUAGCAUCCUUUAAGACAUUUUAAAUACCAUAGAAAAUCAUAUUAUUACAAAACUAAUACAUAUGCCCAUACAUUUUUCAGAUAUUCAAUCAUAACAAUAUACUCCUAAGAAUCAUGUGAUAUGUUGACUAUAAAUAACCAAAAACACCAUCUGAUAGAGCGUAAGAGUUAGUGGCAUCCUUGAAUGGGUAACACCAUUUACAACUUCAUUUUUUCACCCAUGUAUAGGAAAUUGAUACCUCAUGUACCUCCUUACAUGUAAGAUGUAUGAAGGGUUUUAGUUUCAAAAUGUAAAAAAAAAUGUUAACAUGCACGUGUGAUACCAAAUAAAUGCACUGUUCAAAACAUAAUUCAUUGUGGACUAAUAAACUAAUUUGAUUUUAUAGCGUCAGUGCCUUUUGUUUUUCCUAUAACCUUGAUCAAAAUUAGAUAAGUUUAAAACUUAGGAGAAAGUAAACCUUCUACAUUUUGAAGGAGGGACUAACUUUUUAUUAUUACAAACUAAAAAUCUAAAAGAUAAAUCUUAUUCUUUUUCUUGGGAACAAAAACAUCUUGAUGACCCCAAGACAGAAAAGGCAGGGACUUUUCGGUCCUUUAAUUUCUUAAAUAAAUUAAAUAAAAAGGAAACCAUCAUGAUGAUCCCCGAUACACGUGCUUCAUCAUGUUCUCGUAAUCCUUGAUUUACAUCGGUCUUGUGCAAGUACUCAUAGCUAAUGGACUAUACUACUGUAUCAUGAAGAUUCAACACAGUCAUGUGAGACUGAACACUGUGCACAGCUUGGACACCCAGGGUCCAUGGAUAAAGGUGAGAGUGGGAGUGAGACACCUACGUGGCUACUUUGUCUCCUAGCUUGAGCCAAGUUAGGCCCCGUUUGGCAGGGUUUCGGCUCUUCCAAAAACAGCUCCGGCUCUGGCUCCUCAGAUGGAGCGGCUUCUCUGGUGGAGUUGGAGCCGUUUUAGAAAAUGUUUGGCAAAACAACUUCACUUGUUAGAUUGAUGUGUAAGCCGCGUGAAACCAUGAUUUCAUGGCUUCAUCUUGCCUGUGUAAGCCGCCGCCGGCUUCAGAACCGGCUUCACGUGUGAAGCCGGUCCUGAAACAAACGUUUGGGAGGGCUUCACGUGAAGCCGCUCGUGAAGCCCUCCCAAGAGCCGUGCCAAACGGGGCCUUAGUGUGCACUGGCCAGAGACGCGUACAAUAUCUUGUUAUACUGGAUGUGUGUCUGGCUCCGUCUGGUUCUCUCUAGCGGACCUAGCGCUGCAAAGAAAUUUUAUAUGUAUGUAGUACUAAACAAAAUUUAUUUAUAAAUUUUUUUAUAGAUAAGUAUAACUUUGCGCAAUGAAUCUAAUAAGCAUAAUUAAUUCAUAAUUGACUACAAUAAUCAUUCUCAAAUCAUGCGAUUAAAGGCUUUAUCAGAUUCGUCUCGCGAAGUAGUGCAGAGAUUGCGGAGUUAGCUUUGUAAACUAUCUUUAUUUAUCUCUAACUAAUGAUCAAAGCUGACUAUAUAUAACAUGUGCUACAAAACCAAACUGGACCUUGGAUUUGCAUCCGCCAUCCGGGUGCCGUUGCUAUCCUAGAUCAGGUAGCUGAUCUGUGAGAGGCCCUGAGCCAUUCGCUUACAAAAAUGCAGGUCCGUGCACGUGGGACUAGCUAGUGGACUACCGGCAGGCGGCAGCCUCGAUUUCUCACCCCAUCAGUCCAUCAUCCAUCUGAAGAUCGAGCUAUCUGAAUUAUUUUGCCUCGCUGACUAGUCUAAUGGACUCUCUUGUCGCUUAGCAUUCCGCUGAUGCAACGAUUCUGAUAGGAUAGUUGUGUGGGGAGGGAUCCAAAAUUAGUGGCAAUAGCAGUUCGCAAGAGGAUAGUUUUUUUAGAAAAAGAAAAGUUUCUGACCUCUGCAACCGCACAGAGCCAAUUCUUACAGCAAUCUCAGCUCCGAUGUUUACGGUAAGGGGGAAAAUGACGUGGCCUAAUAGAGGUUGACAAAGUUCACUAAUAGACAAAUCGCAGAUAGCGGCCUAACACUCUAUCGGUUUAUAUGUAAAUAAAGUACUAAAACAAUAUUAACCCAUUAACCCAUCCAUCAUAUAUACGCAUGCAUAUGCCUGCAGGUGCUGAGCAACGCGGCGUACAAGAGCGUGGAGCACCGGGUGUCGGUGAGCGCGGCGGGGGAGCGGCUGUCGAUGGCCUUCUUCUACAACCCGCGGAGCGACCUGCCGAUCGCGCCCAUGCCGGAGCUGGUGGCGCCCGGCCGCCCGGCGCUGUACCCGGAGAUGACGUUCGACGAGUACCGCGUCUUCAUCCGGCAGCGGGGCCUGGCCGGCAAGGCGCAGCUCCAGUCCCUGCAGGCAAAGGCCGCCGCCGCUCCUGCCGACGACGACCCAGCUGCCGGCGGCUCGCCGUCCUCUAGCUAGCACACAGCUGUAACCUAGCAGCAGCUACUACCGAGCUAUACCUUAAUCAUCUGCCCGCGCAGGCCAGGUUUCAGCUAGCUGUGCUGUGCAUAUCGUCGUUGGAUUGAUCUCGGUAAAUAAUUUGAUAUUUAAUUUCUGUGGAGCUGAAUUAGUGUACAUUCGUCCCAUGCAACUGAAAUUAAAUGUCGUGAUGAGCAGUAAAUUAAAUGUACGUACAUAUACAUAUAUACAAAGUGGAGAGCUAAGCUCUUGAUCAUCCAAAUGCUAGAGAUGAUCGAUUGUUUUA